AUGUCAAUUUCUUCAUUAUCUAUCUAUCUGUCUAUCUGUCUAUCUAUCUGUCUAUCUAUCUGUUCGAUCAUCAGCCUCUUUUUGACUUCUUCUUCUUCUUCUUCUUCUUCUUCUUUCCUUCUUCAUAUUUUCUUUUUUCUUUCUCUUCAUCUUCUUCUUCAUCCUUCCUUCUUCUUCAUAUUCUUCUUCUUUCUCUUCUUCUUCGUUUCCUUUCCUUCUUUUUCUUCUUUCUCUUUUUCCUUCUUCUCCUUCUUCUUCUUUUUUCGUUCUUCUUCUUCUUCUUCUUCUUCUUCAUAUUCUUCUUUCCUUCUUCAUAUUCUCUUUCUUCUUUCACUUCAUCUUCUUCAUCCUUCCUUCUUCAUAUUCUUCUUUCUUUUCUUCUUCAUCUCAUUUCCUUCUUUUUCUUCUUUCUCUUCUUCUUCUUUUUCUUCUUUCGUUCUUCAUAUUUUCUUUUUUCUUUGUCUUCAUCUACUUCAUCUUUCCUUCUUCUUCAUAUUCUUCUUUCUCUUCUUCUUCGUCUCCUUUCCUUCGUUGUCUUCUUUCUCUUUUCCUUUCUUCUUCUUCUUCUUCUUCUUCUUCUUCUUCUUCUUCUUCUUCUUCUUCAUAUUCCUCUUUCCUUUUUCAUAUUCUCUUUCUUCUUUCACUUCAUCUUCUUUCCUUCUUCUUCAUAUUCUUCUUUCUUUUCUUCUUCAUCUCAUUUGCUUCUUCUUCUUCUUCUUCUUCUUCUCUAUUCCCCCUCCUUUUUCUUCUUCUUUCUCUUCUUCUUCUUCUUCUUAG